GUUUUGUUUUGUUUUGCUGCACAAUGGAUAGAUUGCAAGGGGUUCUGUAUCUCCAGUACUGCAUUCUUCUGAUGUUCCUUCUCCGACUGGCCGCGGGCGGUGGCGACUCGGCGAUGCCAGCCACUGGUUUCAGCCUCCGACUCAUCCACCGCGACUCUGCCGAGUCCCCACUUCGCCCCCGCGGCAACCUCACCGCCGAGCAGCUUGUUCGGCGGCUCUCCCGGUACACCGCCGCCCGCCUCCUCUUUCUCGAGUCCACCCUCCACGCCGCGCCGCUCGAAAACGACGCCCGCCCGAUGGUCCUGCAGGAUUGCUGGCAAUUCUACGCGCAGCUCGCCAUCGGCACGGCCCCCGUCAGGAUCAACCUCCUGAUCGACACCGGCAGCGACCUCAUCUGGACCCAGAGCAAACCGUGCAACCCUUGCUUCAACCAACGCGAACCGAUCUACGACCCCAGCCGCUCCACCAGCGCCGUCGACGCCGCCUGCGCCGACCCCCUGUGCAUGCGCGACAUGUUCCGCUGCGUCAGCAACAAGUGCAUCUACGACGUACACUACGCCGACAAGACACAUUCAGCAGGCUGCCUCGCAAGGGAGACAUUUGUGCUCCCGUCGAGGCAGGCCGGCGGGCUGACAACCAUCCGGAGCCUGGCAUUCGGUAAGUCGAAUGAGACGUACCCACACGACUUCUUCUUAGGGGCCGGAUACAUUGGCGGGAUUCUGGCAAUGGGCAGGGGGAAGCAGUCGUUCGCCGUGCAGCUCGCCAGCAUGCUCGGCAACCGUUUCUCGUACUGCUUCCCCCCGGUGACGGAUCUUUCUCCCAGCUACCUACGGUUCGGCGAUGAUAUCCCACCGACCGCCGGCCUGAAGACAGUACCGUUCGUGCCGAGCAGGACAGACGUCUCGCACUACAACGUUGCCCUGACCGACCUCAGUUUCAACGGCCGGCGCAUGCGGUUUAACUCGGGUGACUUCGGGGCCCAUGGGUGCGCAAUGGACUCGGGUGCGACGUUCACGAUGCUGCCCAGGCGGGCCUACAACAGAGUCGAGAACACGAUGAUUGAUUACUUCAGCGGUUUUCCGCAUUUGCAUAGGGUAGAGAACUCGACGGGCCAGCACGGACUCGACCUGUGCUACGCAUACGAGGGAACGUUCGACGCGUAUCCGUCGAUGUCCUUCCACUUCGCUGCGGUGGGGGGCGAGGGCGACGUUGAGCUGGGGCUGCUGAAGGAACGGCUGUUCAUGGUGCUUCCAGGCACAUUCUGCUUGGCGCUCGGGGCUUGGGAUGAGGAUAUGAGCGUGAUCGGCGCGGUGCAGCAGGCCAAUCUCCGGUUGAUCUACGAUCUGGGGGCGCAGCAGCUGCAGUUCGCCGACGCGAACUGUCGUCAAGCAUGAUGGAUGAGAUUUUCCUUUCCUUGUUUUUUCCCUCCUUUUCCUUUUUUUUUUUUUAAAGAAUAAUGAGGCAAAUAGAAAUAGAGGGAUCAUAAAACUAAAUUUGUAGCCUAUUGGCGGGGCUUGCUCAGGCUCAUUCUGAAUUCUCCCAAGAGCAAUG